AUUUUUGGUGGCAAAGAACUGAGUAUUCCACGUGACACCCGAUCCGGUUGAAAUGAAAUACAUACAGACUAUUGCCACUCUUCUUCUCACAACCACCACUUUUUUUUUGUAUCAAACACCCAUCCCGGCUUUUCAUCAAUUGGGACUCCGGACACCAUGGGGAUACCGCGUUACGCCGUCGGGAUCCUGGCGCUACUCUCUGUCGUCUGCAUCUGGGUCUCGUCCAGCUUCUUGAUGAAUAACAUUUUCGCGGGCCAGAACUACAACAAGCCGUUCUUUAUCACCUAUAUCAACACUGCAUCCUUCUCGCUCUAUCUCGUCGGGCCUCUCCUUCGACAUUGGUAUGCAGCUUAUAGCAGGAAAAGAAGGUCAGGGACCAAGAAGUCGUCAUCAGAUCUUAUUUCGCAGGACAUUCCCACUUUCAGAUCAUAUGGGAGUAUGACUCAGGGAGAGUCGAGCGGUGUGUCCCACGAUUCACCAUUAGAUACCUCACCAACCUCCAGCAGAAGCGUAUCCGUAGAAAGUGCAUUGGAGCAUGGAUCAGAUCUACACACCCCAGAGGAGACUACAGCAGCAUCACCACCACUGACACCCCUGACGCACAGGGAGAUCGCCGAGGUCAGUUUUGCGUUCUGCAUCCUUUGGUUCGCAGCCAACUGGGCGACGAACGCCUCAUUGGCCUAUACCACCGUAGCGAGCUCAACGAUCCUCGCCUCCAUGUCUGGAUUCUUCACCCUCGCGAUCGGAGCCAUGCUCAAGACCGAGACCUUCAGCACCCUCAAAUUAAUCGCCGUCUGUGCCAGUGUCGUGGGUGUGGCACUCGUGAGUGAAUCCGACCGAGGAGAGAACUUGACGGACGACCGCAGCACCGAUAUUGGAAACAUGGUCAUCAUCGACCCCACGCAACCCAGCGCUCCAUUGUUUGGCGAUCUCCUCGCGUUGAUGUCCGCGAUCCUCUAUGGCUGCUACACCGUUCUGUUAAAGAUCCGGAUCCAGAACGAGAGUCGCGUCAACAUGUCGCUGUUCUUUGGAUUCGUGGGACUGUUCAACCUGUUCCUGCUUUGGCCCAUGUUCGGGGUCCUUCACUGGACGGGCAUCGAACCGUUUGAGUUGCCCAAGGACAGCAAGAUCGUCUGGAUGAUUGGUGUGAAUGCCCUGGUUGGCACAUUUGUUUCCGACUAUCUCUGGCUCCUCAGCAUGUUGAUGACAUCUCCUCUUGUCGUUACUCUUGGUCUCUCUCUGACGAUCCCCUUAGCGUUGAUCGGGGAUGUACUAGGUUAUGGACGCGUCCUCGGACCCGCCUACUGGAUCGGAGCCGCCCUUGUCCUGGCCGGGUUCUUUGGCGUCAACGGCGUCACACUGAGUGAGCAUCGAAACGAAACAGAGCGUCAGGAAGAUGUCGCGAUCCGUCCUGCGACCUCGGCACUUGUCUCGCAAGAAGGCGAGGAUCGAUCAUUGGCGGGAACGGUGUCUGAAGAGACGAACGAUGAGAUGCAACGGCUCCUGCCACAUGCAUAGCCCGCUAAUAUAUAGAAAUUCUGUUCAAUGUGGCACCGACCAGCU